CGGUAGGUGUCGAUGAGGCAUUCUGUUGUGAGGAAAAUAAUCAAGAAAAGCCCAUGAUCGCGCAACGUUCGUUUUCCAGUUUGCCUUCAACUUGUGUCCCGCGAAGUUGUAUUUCUUCAUUCGCACUUGAAAUUUCGUACGAUGAACACCAAAAUUUACCAAACAAAGUUACUAAACUCCAGUUGAGCUAUUUUAAAUUGCAUUAGUUUACAAUAAAAGUUAUAUUUGGUGAUAGGAAGAAAUAUUGUGGUUAAAUUUGUGAAAUUGCUUUGCAACAACAAAUUCAUAUUUAAGACUUUAUUAUCAAGACAGCUAAGAAAAAAGGAAAUUAUCAGAUAUUGAUAAAAUAUUGACGGGGUUUUCACUCCCACUGUUCACUUUGCCCAUUAUCAGUGCCUUGUCUCAGUUCAACUUAAGACUUCGAUCGUGCUGGUCGCGUGCAACUGCAAUCGCGAAAUUCUGCAGUGUCACCGAAAGAUGAAUGAUCUUGUGCAAGAAGGACUUAGAGCUGAAUUUGCUCUAACAAAUACACCAUCAGCUGCUGAUGCACCUCCAGUGUACAAAUCCACCACAAUUCCAUAUGACAAAGGAAGUGAUCCAAAUGGAACUAUUCAACAUUCAAAUAAUACGGGAAAUAAUCAAAAUGAAAAUGGAAUUGUGGAAUUGAAAUCAUUCUCAAAUCUUCCAGUUAGAGAUCCCGUGGACAUCCAAUUUAAAGAUAUCACCUACUGUGUCAACGUAGGAUUCCGACAAGGAAAAAAAGAGAUUCUUCACAAAGUCAAUGGAAAAUUUCCCGGUGGACAAUUAAUUGCCAUCAUGGGGCCAUCUGGGGCGGGCAAAAGUACCCUCCUGGAUGUCCUUUCCGGCUACAAAAAGAGCAAUGUCAAUGGGGCUAUUUAUGUGAAUGGGCGUAUCAGAAAUUUGAAUGCAUUCCGGAAAAUGACAUGCUACAUAACGCAGGAUGAUCAUCUACAGGAACUAUUAACCGUCCUGGAAAAUAUGAGAAUAGCUGCUGAUUUCAAAUUGGGACCACACUAUCCUAUUCAGGAGAAAGAUGCCCGGAUCGAAGACAUUCUGACGGUUCUUGGUCUCUAUGAGCAUCAAUUUACCCUCGCUGGUCGUUUGUCUGGUGGACAGAAGAAGCGUCUUUCAAUAGCUCUGGAAUUAAUCAGUAAUCCAACAAUUAUGUUCCUCGAUGAGCCAACAACUGGACUCGAUAGCUUUUCUUGCACACAAGUUGUUGAUCUACUGAAACAACUUGCUGGUCAAGGACGUACAAUUAUUUGCACAAUUCACCAGCCAUCCGCUAAACUCUUUGCCGAAUUCGAUCAAGUAUACGUGCUUUCACUUGGCGAGUGCCUCUAUCAAGGUAGCACCGGCAAUCUCGUGCCAUACCUGCAAUCAAUUAAUCUUCCAUGUCCAAAGUAUCACAAUCCAGCUGACUACAUCAUUGAGCUGGCCUGUGGAGAGCAUGGUGAUGAUAAGAUUCAGCAUAUGGUUGCCGGGAUGGGCAAUGGAGAAUGCAUGGAUUGGUUUGGAGAUCCCUCAAAAGUUCUCAAAUUGGAGACACUUAGAAUGAAGUAUCCACUUCAGAGACCUGCCAAGGAAAACACAAUUCUUCAGGCCACUAAUCAAUGGAAUCAGCUCAAGACUCUCAUGAGAAGAGGAAUAAUCCGCGGCAAGAGAGAUACAACGCUCACACAUCUUAGGAUUGGUGUCAAUAUUAUUGUUGCUGUUAUGUUGGGCUUCCUGUUCAUAGAAGGUGGCAAUGAAGGUUCCAGAGUCCUGGACAAUUACAAUCUUAUGUUUGCCAAUCUCAUGCAUCAUUCCAUGACAACAAUGAUGUUGACUGUAUUAACAUUCCCUACAGAAAUGGCAAUUCUCAGGAAGGAGCAUUUCAAUAGAUAUUAUUCCCUAAAGUCAUAUUACACAUCUGUAACGUUACUGGAUAUCCCGAUGGCGACGUUCUGCUGUUUCAUUUACACAGUAAUUGUGUACUUCUUGAGUUACCAACCACCUGAAGUUUUCCGAUUUGCAAUGUUUUUCACCAUUUCCCUAUUGGUGGCCUUUGUUGCACAAAGUAUUGGACUAAUGGUCGGUGCUUGGUUUAACGUUGUGAAUGGGACAUUUAUUGCACCAGUCUCUUCAAUUCCAAUGAUGAUGUUUGCAGGAUUCGGUGUAACACUUCGUGAUCUACCUCCAUAUCUCAAAUGGGGAAGCUAUAUAUCAUAUCUGAGAUAUGGCCUAGAAGGAUAUGUUGGUGCAAUUUACGGAGAAAAUCGCGCAACGCUAGUCUGUGAAGCCAAACCCUAUUGUCACUUCAAAUACCCAAAAAGAUUUCUCCAUGAAAUUUCAAUGGAGGGUGAUCAAUUCUGGACUGAUGUGUAUGCUCUCUGUAUUAAUAUGAUUUUAUUCAGAAUUUUGGCAUAUGUACUCCUAAGAGCCAAACUAAGGGCUGUGAGAUAAUUAAGUUUUAAAUAUUACCUGCACAAAUAUAUAACUAUGUUAUUGCUAUAUUGUUAAAUUUUAUAGAUAAAUAUUUUUUGGUAGUUUUAAGAAAUAAAAAAAUUUUAGGGAAAAUCGCAUAAGAAAUUAUUUCCUUUUCUUCCAAAUAAUUAAAGACAAAUCUCGAGAAAUUUUUUGCCUAAAGAAUAACGAAUGAAUAUUCUUGCCUAAAGAAUAACGUCCACCCAAAAUUUUUUAAAUUACAUUGGUUUUGUGUCUGAUGUGCCUGAUCGUCAAAAAAUAAAUUUUUAUAUUUCAAUAUUCAAA